AUGCCAGCAGUGGUGGAACACAUAUUCAACUGUCUUGCACAAGCGUAUUGUCUGUUUUCGCCACUCCUGUACGGUUUCUCUAACAGGGAAGUUCGUCAAGCGUUUAAGUUUCGCUGUACUCAGAAAAAGUUUGUGCUUCAAGGUUCCCGAUUAGAGAGACGCAAGCAAAGAGUUCCUUUGGGUGUAGGUCGUUAUUUAUCAGAUAGAAACGACGGCCGUUUUGUUGUUCCGCGACUAGAACAAUCGUGUGACGCACUGGAACUCAAUUGCGCAGGACCUGAAAGAUUGGUGCGUUUUACAGGGGUGUCACUUUUAUCCGUGGAUUACUCGGUGGAUGCUAACGACUCGCGACCGCAAAAACCGGUGAACCGAGGGAAAAGACCAAUAACGACAGAAGUUUCCCCUCUAAGGAGACAUUCUACACUGAGAAGAAAUCAAGAAGGUCCUUCUACAAGACAGGUUGAAGAUAGAGUGAAAGUCAGAUUUGACAGUGAAUACAGUGAUAGACAGCGAAAAAAGUACAUUGCUACUCCUUCCAUAAAGCGCAUGCGUCAGAUUAAGAGGUGCAUGUCAGACAUUUCUUUAGAUGAUCUCCAAACCAGUGUAACUGGAUCGGAAUUUGAGUCGCAACAGCACAUGAUGCCUCACUAUACAAACUAUAGCGACCCCAUGCGGUCUGCCGGGUUCAGACAGGUUCUGACUAAGAGAGGUAAAACAAAGCGCGCAUGCUCUCUUUACAGGGACAGAAAGCACAAACCUAAAACGAAGAACUUCAUGGAAAGACGGUGCAGCAUUGAGGCUGACUAUGCCAUAAAGAACAAAUGCUGCCAGCACGGUAACAAUACGGUCAACCCUCUUUAAAACGGAGAUAUGACUGGGAUGGGUACCAAGGCGUUUUUGCCUCGAAGGGACUGUGUAGAUUUUGUUACAUUUUGCUAAUUACAGUGGAACCUCGAUAUAACGAAGGGUCAAGUGACUGGCAUAUUUUGUUGGCCAUAACAAGGUUUCGUUAUAUCGAGGUUGUUUUUCAUAUAUUUUGCUAUUACUGAGGUAAAGAAAAUCGUUGGUUAUACCGAGGACUUCGUUAUGUAGAGGUUCGUUAAAUUGAGGUUCCACUUUACUCGCUAAGAAACUAAGCAUGAGCAAAGGAAUUACUUCUAAAUGACCAAAUCCACUAGCUUCAUGAUAAACAUUUGUAUCUCUAAAUAUCCUCAAGUUUCGUCCAUCUGUGCCUUCUUUCUUAGUCGCUGUGUUGUUUAACUGCUGCUUUACUCUUUUUAUUGAUUUUCAUAUUUCGUCUCAGUUCGUAAUGGCUGAAUUUAGCUAAAGUUCGUGACACAGUUCCUUUGAAGAUGAUAACUGAAGAACGGUACGGCGGACAUAAGACGAUGUCCGUCUUAUAAUGGCGUUCUCAGGGGAGAAUUGACUGUUCUAGUUACCAAUGCGAUUUUCCGUCAGUGAAACAUUGUACUGGUUCGUUUUGGUUGCCUUUCCUAAAACUGAACAGUGAUAUGAAAUCUCAACAUCCAAGUUUCGUAAACCCCACGAUGGUAGCCUCUUAUUAAUCUAGAAGCAAGCUAUCAGCUGUCAGUUGCCAUAUUUAUUUAUGAAUCAUUUAACAAGAGUUUUAUUUAAUAAUCAAACAGUGUAAACUUUACACUUCAGGUUAACUUCCUUCAUAACGUCGUUCUAUAGACUCAUUCUUGAUGACCAUUUACAUCAGUUGUUAGAUUAAAAUAAUGCCUUCCUCCUUUAGUCAUGAUAACAUGAGUAAUUAGAGUUUUACGGAAAGUUAACAAGCACGUGCUUCCUCAGUAAUCUUGAAUUCCGCCAAAUCCUCACGUGGAGUGAUAUGAAAAUUAUUUACUUGGACCCUACAAGCGUGUGCGUACUGUCCCGUCAUUUUACGGUAGAACCGUUGUCGGAAGAAGCUAUUGAUUGGCUAAAAAAAUGUGGUUCCUUUUUCUACCAAUCAUAGAUAAAAACAAAAGCCAAUCUUGGCUUGCGUGCGCGGCUUUUUCCGCCUUUGACGCGGACUCCAUUUUCUGUCCGUUGGUCUUCAUUGGUUUUUAGUGCCAGUCUCUGCACUGUCUGGUUUUACAACACUCAACUGAAUGUUGACGUAACUAAACGAUAAUUUUCUUGAGUUAUACCACAAUUGUGUACUCCCUAAUAUGGGGUAAUGUCGACUGGAAUGAAGGCAAUUUAGUCCCAACAAGAAAAAAAAGACAUUUCCAGUGAUGUUGUGUCAAAUGAAACAGUGGACUAUAGGUGCAUCAAUGUUGCUCAGAUUUUAAGAGCUCGUUAAAGGAUAUAGGGUAGAAUACCGAUUUCCUCGACUCCUCGGUUUCUCUGAUCUACUUCUUAAUUGGAAUCGAAACUGACUUCCCUUAGCUAAUGGAAGAGGGUCCCCAAUAGCGUUCUUCAAUCCCGUGAUCCCGACCCGAAAUGUCGAGCAAUCUCGUAAUCCCGAUUGUUAUUGCUCGCAUCCCGCCUCGCGUGCAUAAGCUCAAUCCCGAAUCUCAUCUUGAUGAUUUUGCCAUGAAAUCCCAAAUCCCGAGCUUCAAAUAAGGGAAAUCAGGAUCUCGAAAAACCCAAUGGGGACCCUAAUAAAACAUUGUAAUUUUAGCCCCGAGUUUUGAUCGCCCCGUGUAAGGUAUUCCAAGACAGUCUUGGAGUCUGGAUUCCACGCUGUGGACUCAGGAUUCCUUGAGCUGUAUUCCGAAUUCGAAAGUCCAGGAUUCGGAUUCCACAGGGUGAAAUUUUCCGAUUCUGAGGGUCAGUUUCAGGACUCGGAAAUCCAGAUUACCUUAUAUUGGGCAAAUUCGAAGCAAUCCUUUUCCUAUGGAGGAGCGAGAAAUAGAUAUUUCACUAUCGUAUUACACUGAAUCUUUUACAUUUUAGUUGACUAUUUUCUAGAGUCAUUUGACCCAGUCCAUAUGAUGGACGUGUAAGGCUUGCGUAGCAUUUCUUUUUUCCAAGAAAACUGCAUCCUUAGUCGUUUAAUGAACAUUGUAAAGGUGGAAUAAUAUGACCCUACAAAGUGGUCUGCAUGAGCGCAAAUGAAUUGUUCACAGAGCCCCAACAGGUCUUGGACAAAGGCACUGUUUACAUUUUCAAGUUGCAGGGCUUCAUUAACGUCCUCAGCGAAGAACAAAUUGUACCCCUCGUCUCUAAAGGGAUCGAACCAAGUUUUGUUUCUCUCAUCCGUUGCGAUGUAGAGUGUCUUUGUAAGGUUUAGUGCCUCCCGCUGCUUUAAUUUCCACAACCAGUAGUCUUGCUUUACUAGAGCACUUGAUGGGUGGUCCGUUCUUCUCACGUGAAUGGCAUUAUAUGGGCGUUCGAGUAUUUCUAACACGUUCGCGACUUUUUUCCUUAUAUUUGGCGCGAAACGAAUAAAUCGCAUAAUCCACUCAUGCGCGUUCAGCACGGUUUCCCUCUCAAAGAAUAGCAAUUCUCUGCUAUAUAAGGAUCCUUCGGCAAAAUAUAGCAGAUCUUCAGUUCGAUAGAACAGUUCGUCCAUAAUACCCCACACGGGUCUUUCGAUAGAGGCGUUGGCUUGGUAUUGUUUUAAUUCCUGAUUGCAAAUGCGGCGAUAAAGGGGGAUGUCCUUGUAUGAGGCUGAUGACUUCCUCAUAUGUCGUCGAAGAAUUCUCCACCUCUUGUCAUCAGUCUUCUUUGGUAUAGCAUCAAUCCAAGUUCCAAACAGCCCAUUGUGGCAAAUUCGAGCCCAUUUUAAGUUUUUGUAUAGGUUUUUGAACUCGUUAUGACUAGCAGUGAUUUCUUUUAUGGGAAUUAGUUUCGAGAGCAGUUUCAGAUCGAUAACUCUGGAUAAUGGCAGUAGUUGAUCUUUAGUUAGCAUAUUAUAUAUUUCAUAACCAGCUGAUAUUCUUCGAGUUCGUUUGAGUCGAAGAAUUUCCUGAUGUGGCGCCAGAGGGUGGACAAUGAGUGUUCUAUUGAGCAACUUUGCUAAGACAACAGCAUUUUCAAAGGCAACUCGUUGGUUAUUCCAUCCCCCGCCAGGCGGUUGAUAAGACAGGUAUUUAAACGAAUGGUCGUUUUGACAGACCAGCCUCCCGUUAAUGUAAACAGUUUGUUCUUCCGAACAAGGCUGUAUUUCGUCUUUGGAUUUAGUCCAUUUUAAAGAAGAUUUAUGACGAAAUUUCACGACGAUCAUGGUUAGAGAAAUCAAGCAAACAGUGAUGAAACCUAGCAGCACCUUUCUCCUCAACAUCAUAAUUCGAAUUGCUUUUAAGAAAAACUUUAGCUUCCAUAUUGAAGCCAAACAUAAGUUUGUAAUCCAUGCGAUGAAAUACCUGUCUGAAUUUUUUUGGAGCCAAUGAGUCCAGUCGCGGUUCACGGGUAAGGGCAAAUAUUGAGGCCGCUUUGCCCUUCGUUCCAUUGCAUUUCAAGUGAACCGUGGUUGUAGAGAGUUUGAAGCGGAAAAUAGCAAUUCAUCCAUGACCUCAUUGCGCUGACCUCUCGCGCCUUUCCACUUCAGCGGUUCUAGGUCAUCGAUUUCAGUGGCCAGUUGCCGCCCACAUUGUGAUGAACACAAACUGUUCUUUUUUUUACGGAUAAACGUUAGCACGUUUUCACACCAGUGUGAUAUUUUUUUUAAAUCUAUCUGACAUUUAUUUAGCUAAAAGCAUACUAAGCGCUCACAUGCUUGACAGAACCGUGUGUUUUUAUUUUAAGCCUAUUUGCGCAGGUGUCCUAAACAGGUACCUUUCACUUCAACUCACUGGUUCUGGCGGUAGACAAAUCUAAAACAAAAUGAGAGUGUUUCUUGAAUAGUUAUGUUUAGACACACAAAUACUGAAAAUCUAGCCUCGACAUUUUCCUUGUUUUCGUCUUGAGCAUGUCUCUCCACCACCAUCGCUCAUUGCUUAACUGAGCGUCAAAGGGACACGAGCAGCGUUGAUGACUAUAGCCUAAUUCAUUAAUUACUUGCAGUCGCGGCCAGUUGGCAAGAAAUGAAUUAUAAGAUGGAGUUCCUCUUUCUUUCUAUUUGAACAGCUUAGGUCGGUUAAUGACCAUGGUUAUUAGUCUCUCGGAUGUUCAUGUUCCUGCAAAAUUGUACAUAAUCAGACAAAACGCUCACAGGCAACCUCAUUAUAACCUAAAGAAGCACAAUGUUUAGCGUUCUUAGAAAUCCAAGUGCCAAGGUUUUGCUCUAGCCAUUGUGCGCGUCUUCAUUCGUUAAGGUUUGUUAAACUGUACUUGAUUUGCCUUCACGUAAAUCCUUCCUUCCGUAAAUCAGAUUCGGCCAACCUCGUCGCCAGGGCUUAACGCACCCAUUUUCUUAGAAAAAGUCCUGGAACGAGACGGAGAUUCGUGAAGAGCUUCAGGUCCAGAAAAACAGUUGAUAUGAAGAACUUUUGAACGAUUCAAGUAAUAAUUCUCAGAAUAAAAGCAGAACAAUUUUGCGUGAAAAAAACUGUUCUAGUGAUCUUAAAAUCCGCAUGGGAUGUUAUUUUAGCAAACGUCAAAUUUUUGUGUUUUGUGUGUUCUUCACGAGACUAUUGUGUCUUUCGUCAACCAGUUUUUUUCUUUCUUUCUUCUUCUUCUUUUUUUUUUUUUUUUUCUUAACCAGACGUCUACGUCAAUUUGUUUACCCAGACGAUACAGAAGACAAAAUAUGCAGUUUGAUCUUUUUUUACGUCCCCCGUUGCGGCCAGUUUUGCACAGCGCGAACGUAGGUCAAUUUUCUGGAAAUAGACAGUUAUUUCUCUCCUAUGAGAUGUAGAUGACGAAAACCUUGCUUGCUCCGCUUUAUGGGCUCCUGCCUUUCGUAAACUGUAACAAAUAAGAUACGGACACUUGUAUUUGCAUGACAGCUGUACAGUGCAACCGAUCGCAAGGAAUGAAUUUUAAAUCAGCCUGAAUGAGUUUCGUCCGAUUAUAGGAAGUUGAGAUUCAACGCGUCCAUUACUAACUACUCUCCGAAUACCAGAAUCAUUUUCACGUUGCCCAAAAGCUAACACCAAGCCCAAUCUGGAAGUCAGCGCGAACCGCUUACGCGAGAGCUCCGCUCGUAGGCUUAUCAUAUGUUAGGGUCUCUCUAUCUGAGAUACAGACACAGCGGGUUAUAUUUAUUACGUCACCAAGGUAAACAGCUCGAAAGGUCUUGAUAUGAUCUCAUAGUCAAAUAACAUGAGAGACCGCGGUGCAAGGAAAUGGUUUUUUGCGCCUCCCUCAAUCUCUGUUUUGCUCUUUUUGUCUUGUUUUUCACCAUUAUAAUCACCCUCGGUUGCUGUUCGUGUUGGUUCGAUUAUUAUUCGAUGACUGUUGUGGAACGAAGCAAGGAAAACGACAACUGGUAAGCAAUUGCACGAAGAAUUGAUAUUUUUUCAAACUCAAGUAAAAGAGCCGACGUUUUCAUCAACAGAGUGGAACUAACAAUAUUUUCGUCUUUGUCUCGACAGCCAAAUUCAAAUAGAAGACGAUAACGUUAAAGCUAUAUCCAAGUGAUUAAACAGAUUGAAAAACCUGAGGGAGAGUUUUCAGCAGGUAAGGCCCAAUGAUUUUAUGUCAAAAGAAAUAGCGACUAUUUGUUUAAAGAUGAUAUUCAACAGGUAGCUUGGUAACUGAUACCAUGAUGAUAUUCCACUCACACUAGCUUGAGAAAUUUACUUUACCAUGGAUUUUCUGUCAAUUAUCCAAAAUAUCAUGGUCAUUGUAUAUAGAUGUGCUCCUGUGAGCGGUUGAGUGAAUUAAAAUGACUUUUGAAAUACCGCACCUGUCAUGGCGUUGAUGGAGAAAAAAUGACACGGUUUGAAACCUGCUACCUCAAGGAACAAAAUCUACAUUGUAUUUAAUAAUACGGUAGCUGAUUUUAAAUGGCACGAUCUAAAAAACUGUCUUACAGUGAACUUUAUGACCAAACGGCGCAAUGUUCUAUAUUGCUAAACUACGGUGAAGGAUUAUUUGAGAGAGGUGUAUAACCAAACGGCGCAAAAACAUGUUUUUCGAUCCCCUUAAUUGCACUUUCUGGUCUUGCUAACCUUUCUCUGCUCAAAAAUUAGAGAUCGUAGCUGCAAUAAAAAAGAAACAAACAAACGCUUUUGCAGCAACCCAGGGCAGUCUCAUCUCUCGUGAGUCCCAAUUCCUCUAGUCAGAGAUCGCGCAUUCAUCGCAAUUUUUUGCACCCUGAAAUUUUUUUUAUACACAUCAAGCAUGGACAUUGUUUUGAACCAACAGUUGCCUUUGGUUGAGUUAAACAAAACUUAUCAGCGAUUACGGCGUUGUUGGCAAAGAGACCUGGACAACGUUGACAUGGCGUUAACGUAGCACAUAGGUGGCCAUAGCAUCGAUAGAAAUAAUGACAGUCUCCCGUUUCUAACCGUCACUAAGUGAUUUCAACAAGGCCAAAAUGUUUUACACAAUCAAGUAACGAUAAGAUUUCCAAAUUCCAAAUUUUGCUCUUUGCGGUCGGUAAGAUGGGUCGCGUGAUUCAGACGACUGUCAAAGGUGUAACCGCUUACAAGUCCUAGACGACGACCGGCAAUUAUGUGGGUUAGCGAUCUAGUCGAGUCUUAAGUUGGUUGGUAAAAAAAGGGGGUUUUUGGGUUUCUUUUGCCAGUGAAUUAACCUCUCAGGAAAUGCGGUAUAUUACCACCAUAUAAAAAUUUAUGUUGCUCAUUGAACGUUUUGCGGUUCUGUGUAUGGUGCAGGCUUGUCUUCCCAUAUAUUUUGUCUUCCGUUAGAAUAAUUAGGCGCGCCCAUUUUUGGAACGGUCAACUUUCAUUAAGCGUUUUUCUGCUGAUUUGGUGUUUAUUUUCGGAAAGUGGGUGACCUGUGCAUCUGCUCCAUUGAGACUGUUCGCUUGACACAAAGUGAGUAAAUGAAAAUUUAUUUUCCGUAAUUGGGUUACCUGUGCAUCUGCUCCAUCGAGACUGUUUGCUUGACGCAUUAAAGUGAGUAAAUUGGAAACAUUUGGCGAAAUAAUGACCCUUUUUAUACUCUUUGUAAUAUUAGCAUAAUUGAGGGCGCACCAGAAAGUGUAUGAGCCAGUUCUGUGAACCAGUGUAGGGGCUAUAAUCUUAUAGCCUGUUCUUUGUUUCCUGGUUUUGAAUACUCUGACGACAGACGAACAACUAAGCUAUAUCUGUCUUAUAAUAUUCAAGACGAGGAGAAGUCUUGCCCUUUAAUUCUAGAAGCUGCCAACGUUAGCAUUAGCGGAAAAGCCUGAAUUUCAUUUUGUUAAAACCUGAGGAAUAAAUUGCACCAAGUGAAAGUACUUCUUCGUAGGUUGCAUCAAAAAGUGACAAAAUUGAAUUUCAUCCACAGACUCAAGAGUUAGCAACGAUGCACCUUAUACGUAAAGGACAAUACAUAGUACUACAGGAAAGUACUGCUCAGUUUGGUUGAGUAGGUAACAUCAUGGUAUUUCAAGCACAGACUCAAAAAUUGAACUUCAUACCAAAUUAACAGUACCAAUUGAAAUAACUGCUCGGUAACUUUCUUGGUCACUUCACAGGAUUUCGCCAGUGGCUGAAAGGUUUGAACCACUUUCCAUCUUGCAAGCCAAAAGGGCUACACAUUGUUUAGUGUUUUUCAUAAGCAAAUAGAAAGAUGAUAUUUGCCGUAUUGAAACUAACACUCCUGUUCCGCCCUCUAAUUUACCUGUUCAUAGAGGAGGCCUUAUUAAGUUAACAAUUGCUUUCAAGAAAAUAAUUGUUCCUGCAAAGGUUAUUUAUCGCAUCAUUUCCAAAGGUGGAAACAGUGUGACCACCUAUAAAUACAUUAACGCCACCUGCUGGAACACAACACGCUUCUCCGUUCACCCAAAGUGAACUAGUGAAACCAGUUGGUUGAAGAAAAGCGCACACGAACAAUGAGAUUCGAUGAUUUAAAAGGGCUGGCAAAUUAUUCCCGAAAAUGACAAGAAAAGGUUUGUGCAUGCAAUAUAAGCUGUCCUCUCUACUAAUUUUUGUCAUUCUAGUAAAUAUUUUGGCUUGCAAUGCCUGCGUUUUGAUAGAUAAUCGGUCAGUUACCCCUCAUUUAAGUCUAUCUUUUAGGGUAGAUAAAUUCUUAUAUUCACUGGCUGAUUGUUGCCUAUAGCAUAACAUGCGAGCCACGGCUUCAAAACGACGGUUGGUUUAACUUCUUUGUAAUUGUCUACUUAAUAUGUAGAUUAAAAUAAUCGAGUGUGAUCAUUGAAACGAAAAUCAAUUACGUAUUUUCAGAUCUUCAAAAUAAAUUUUGAAGUUCCUCUGCACUUGAAGUGAAGUGUAAUCUUAUUAAUGUUAACAAAAAUAGCCAGUGGACUUGUAUAUUUUUUAUUUAAUUUAUAUUUAGGUAUGUUUCACCUCUUCUUAUAAGCCACGUUUAGUGACCGGUGAAACAUUUAAGCGUCAAACUUAUCUGCCCGUGUUUAAAGGUGUUAAAGGCUUUAACAACUGAGUUCCUUUGCUCUCUUGAAAUCUUUGGUCCAACCCGAACAGGCAAUGAAUUUGGAACGAAAGACCUCCUUGCAUCAUCAGGGUUGACUAUAAAUACCAAGCUGUGAUCUUUUUGUAGAAUAUAACAAAACAAUAAUACUGACAAUUAAAAAAAACAACAACGACGACAAUUCAUUUGAUAUCUACCAAUAUAGUAAUUAACUUUUUACUCAUGGGUUUAACGCAUGAAAAAUUGCUUACGUAUAAAACUGAGUGGUUGGAUUUGCAUUGUUGCUACAUUGUACACUUGUUUCAAGAACUUGACAGUCUUGCAUUUUUUUUCUUGGUUCGUUAGUUCGUUCCUUUUCGCUUUCUCAGUCACAAAUAUACGCAAACAACCCAAGAAACCAUGGAUUCACAUGUAAUGCAGGGCACUCAUAGGACACUAUUUACCAGUUGUAGCUAUCGCUUAGUGCCAACGGGCAAAGAUUUUACCUAUACGCGCGCUGUUCAAUUUGUUUAGAAAUGUCAUGAAUUUCCGUUAUUUACGACAAUGUAAGCUGCAGGUUAGUUAUGUGUCCGUCAUGCAUUUACCGUCAUGGAACGCACUUAUGCAUUAUGCUAUGCACAUGUUCGCUCGAAAACAAUGCUUUGUCUACGUCUGUUCUGCAUUAUGUCAUAAAAGUUACCCUACACUACCUCAUGUUACAUCGCUUUGAGAUUCAUUCUGGCUUGGAACUUUCGCGCACGACCUUAUUCAGUGCUGCCACCUGGCAGCCCUGCGUCUUCGCGAGGCUGUUCGUUGGCGAUAUUUUUAGGGUCGGAAAGUAUUUCAUUAGCAGCCAUUGUGAUGCGGUCUCUUUUGUCUCUUGCAGAUUUGUACGAUUCUUGGAGGACAGAUUCUGCGCGUAAGCUUAUUAACCACGAGAAGCAGAAUCACUGGAGAGUCCUACCUAGGCGAUCGGCCCUGCUGUUCCUUCUGUUUGCGUUUUCUAUUUCAAAACCUUUCACGCAUGCCCAUCAUUGGAUUCCCAAAAAGCACGAGAUGAACCACAAUGUCCGAGUGGGACCACCACACAUUGUAAAACGACAACCAUUUUCACAGAAAAUGCGAUUUGAAGUUGUAUACGAUGACAGCAUCGGCGACUUGGACGAGUCGAAGUACGGUUUAAUUACGGGGAAAUUGAUCCCCGAGGCGGUAGAUUACUUCCACCAAGCGUUUAGCGUCAAGCCAACCAAUCUGCCGAUAAAACUGCAAAGAACGUGCAAAAAUAACGCUUAUUUUUUGAAGGAUAUUAAAGGUAAAUCCGCUGGCGAUGUGCAGUUUUGUAAGAUGGAUUGUGUAAACACGCAAUGCGGACCUGUCAGCGUACCAUCUGACCAUUUGGAUCAGUGUCGGGUGUGUGAUAACGAUGGUGUUAAAUGUUUCUCUGUUCCGGGGGAGGAGUGGGAAGCUGGUAUGGGCGUUGAAUCACGUGAUUUCAUAUUGUACGUUUCUUGCAUCCAAACAGAUCACUGCAAUACGGCCAAUACUGUGGCUUAUGCAUCGUACUGCCAACAGGAGCAUGCGCUGGACAGACCUGUUGCUGGGUUUGCAAACAUCUGCCCAAAUCGUCUCGAUACCGAUCCAAGACAUUACCCGAACUUGUUAUCCACCGUAAAACACGAAAUCUUUCACGCUCUAGGAUUUAGCGCUGGACUCUUUGCCUUUUACAGGAACGAGAAUGGCGUUCCCUAUACGCCAAGAGAAAAGCAUGGACUGCCGCCGUAUAAUGACAAGUAUGGCUUAUAUCAGUGGAGUUCCAAGAUCGUGCAAAAGAUGGAACGAAAACAAUGGGCAACACGACAUGGCGAUAUAUCUCAUCAAGUCCACAUGAUUGUCACACCCCGAGUAAGAAGGGAAGUUAGAAGGCAUUUUAACUGUCCAAACCUCGAAGGUGCAGAGAUCGAGAACCAGGGUGGUUUGGGAACUGAGUACACACACUGGGAAAAGCGGUUGUUUGAAAAUGAAGCUAUGACCGGGACUUACACGCAGAAUCCUGUAUUCUCUAGAAUUACCUUUGCUCUUAUGGAGGACACGGGGUGGUACAAGGCAAACUACAGCUUGGCGGACGAACUAGAUUGGGGAAAAGGGCUCGGGUGUCUCUUUACCAAAAGUAGCUGCAAAACGUGGAUGGAAACACACUUGCGAAAUAGAAAAUCCGCUGUACCCUUCUGCUACACGAUCAAGAAAAGCCCCUUACGCAUGCGCUGCACGCACAGCAAACUGUCUGUGGCUCUUUGUAACCUUCGUAAGUACAACAGAGCAUUACCUGAGGAAUACCAAUACUUCAAUCAUCUGCCAAUAAGCGAAACGGGCGUAGAUCACGAUGUCCAACAAGAUUUGGUUAUUCGGGAUACUGCAUCGUAUGGGGGUGCGGUGCCGCUGUCGGAUUACUGUCCGUUUUAUCAGAAGUUUACCUUAACAGGUACGGACGGUACAAAGAGAGAAACAACCUGCACAAUGGCGGAAAACGCACCCGCCUUGAUUGACAACUACGCUUUGGAGUCAUACGGUCCUGAGACCAAGUGCGUGGAGCAAGGGCGCCAGUGGAUGGCGAAAAAAGGCCUUUUGACGCGAACAAUGGUUGACUGGGGUAGUGGCUGCUACAAGUAUCACUGCGAUGGGGCAUUACAGGUGGAAGUAGGAGGAGAGUUGUACACUUGUCAUCGUAAAGGGCAACAGUUGGAAAUUUCCGGAUCAAUAAACGAAUGGAAAAUUAAUGGCUCAUUGAUCUGUCCAUCGUGUGAGGAGUUUUGUGGCGCGCAAAACGGUUGUCCUCAGAAGGUUAAAAGCUCUUCAGCUGGAAUCGUGUUUGUUGAACACAAGCCAAGAAAUGAUGCGUGUAGAUUUAGAAAGACCUCUGAGGAACUUUUAUAUUUUGUCUUUUCCAGAAUGAUUCUCAGCAUUAGCUUUAUGAUCUGUUUUGUGCCUGGUUUUCAAUCUGUUUUUUAUUGA